CUGGGCUCAUUCAAGGCAGGAGCAAGAAUAUGUCACUCCUUUCCCCAGAACCCAGCCUCGCCGCCAGGAAAGGGGAACGGACGCAAGACUCCGGGAGGCCUGGGGCUUAGAGGGUCUGACGGAGCCCAGCUGAUCUCAGCAGACGCCCACAGGCCCCACAGCAACUCCAAAGCCCAGAUUCCAGCGGCCGGAGAGGAGGCCCAGGAGCUGCCUGCGGCCAUGUCAGCCCUCAGCCUGGUCAUCUGGGGCCUGCUCACGGCAGUGCCACCCGCCAGCUGUCAGCAAGGCCUGGGGAACCUGCAGCCCUGGAUGCAGGGCCUUAUUGCCGUGGCUGUGUUCCUAGUCCUUGUUGCCGUUGCCUUUGCCAUCAACCACUGCUGGUGCCAGAAAGAACCGGAGCCUGUGAACAUGGUCAUGACAAUUGGAAACAAGGCAGAUGGGAUCCUGGUAGGAACGGAUGGCAAGUACUCCCCGAUGGAGGCCGGUUUCAGGUCCAAUGAGCACGAGAAUGCCUAUGAGAACCACCCGGAGGAGGAGGGCAAAGUCCACAGCACCCCGAUGUGACCCCUGCUCGCCUGCAACCAAUGCCCAGGCCCCUGCGUCUCUGUAUUGGAAUCUUCAGUGAGGGGCUGACUCCUCCAGCCCCCACACUUGCCCCACCCUCCAGCCAAGGUCAGAGCUCAGACUCUGUCCAGGUUGGGGCUCAGCUGUGGCUCUGGGGUCCUAGGGGGUCUCCCACCUAAUUUAAUUCAGAAGAUCCUUCUGAAAAAGACAAUCAGCUCAGCGCCUCCUAUCCUGCCUCACCUCUCCCUCCCCCUAACUGUGGAAAUGGCCCUUAUUUCUGUGAAAUAAAGACAUUUUGUAUUUCUGGG